AUGUUAUCAUUUACAGUCGUCAUCGUUGUUUUAUUUCUAACAAUUUUAUACUACUAUGUGAAAUAUGUCUAUUUCACAUUACGUGGUCCAAUCCCUGGUAUUCCACCACAAUUUCUUUUCGGUAAUCUAUUACAGACAGGUAUUAUUUGGGGAGAUGAAUCUUUGGCUAAUGUAUUGCUCGAGCUCAAAAUAAAAUUUGGUGAUGUCUUUCAAUAUUGGUUCACUUACACACGUGUCAUUAUUGUCAGUUCACUUGAAGAUAUCCAACAUAUAUUUGCCCAUCGGAAUGUGUAUGAUCAAGGAGAUACAUUUAUUGAAAAGUUUAGUAUUGUCAAUCCAAGUGAAGUCGCCGCCUUAAAAGGAGCUAAAUACAAGCGUCACACAAGUGUUUCAUAUCCAUUGUUUCGUGGAAGUAAAAUAUUUAUGCAUUUAGAUACAAUUAUCGAUUGUACAGAUAAAUUAUUAGAUCGAUGGCGUCAAAUCAAUGAUUCAACUAAAAUUUAUUUGAAUAUGAAUGAACAAACACAACAACUUUUACUUGCUAUUUUUGGUUUUAUUGCAUUUGACUAUGAUUUACAAAUACUUGAUAAUGAAUGUGAAGAAGGACAAAAAGAACUUGUCUCUUCAAUGGAAAUAUUUUUUAAUACAACAGUUAGAAUUGUAGAAAUGCCAACGAUCAUCGGUCGUAUCUAUUUAUUUUUAAAUUUUAAAUAUCGACGAGCACGUUUAAUUAUUAAUCGAUAUAUACAACGAAUAAUUGAUCAAGAAUUGAAAGAAACAGUUGCAAUGAGAGCAGAACGUAAAAGAACAAGUUUAAUUGCAUCAUUAAUUUCUUCAUUACAACACGACGAAAAUAUCGAAGCAAAAAAACGGGAAGAAGACAAACGAGGUCUUUCACGACAAGAAAUAACCGGUUUGAUACUUUCAUUGCUUACGGGUGGCUAUACAACAAUAUCGACGGUACUUUCUUGGUUCAUUCAUCUGAUGAGUAAAUAUCCUGAAGUACAAGCGAAAAUCAAGAAAGAAUUAGCUGAAUACAAUCAUCGACGUCUUUCAAUUGAACACAUGGAAUCACUCGUGUAUUUAGAUUGUGUUCUUCAUGAAAUUCUUCGCUUUGUACCAACAUCGAUCGGUUCUAUUCGAACACUUAUUGUCGAUGAUCAAUUACCAAAGACUGGAGUUCAAUUAAAAAAAGGUGAACAAAUAUUUAUUUCAUUCUAUAAUCUAGGGCGAGAUGCACGCUAUUGGUCGAAUCCUGAUCAAUUUUAUCCAGAACGAUUUCUGAAUCAAUCCGAAGAAAUCGGUAAUAAUAAUAAAGGAGCAUUAAUUCCAUUCGGUGGUGGUCAUCGUCAAUGUGCAGGUCAAGAUUUGGCUCGAUUUGAAUUGAAAGUUAUUUGUGCACGACUUAUGCAAUAUGUCACAUUUGUCGAUGGUGGACCUGAAGUCAAUUCGGGAGGAUAUCAACAGAGAGAUACUGUCCAACCGAAACAUAUUGGUGUUGCAAUUAAAUUCGACUAA